CUCCCCAGAGCAGACAAUUCUCUUUCAUUUCCGCUAUGACAUGUUCCACAGCCCACACGAAUUUCAAGUUGUUACAUUUGAACAGGAACUUUGUGGUAAAACCAAAAAAAUUCCAUCAAAACCAGAAGAUACAAAGCUGUGUGCAUGUCCUGUGGCUGCUCAUUAUUGACCCUGAUUAAGAGCAGCACACUGCUCUCUGAGUCUCAUACUAAAUGGAAACUGCUGAGUUCUAUUACGUUUAUUACUUAGCUCAAGAUUAUCUGCAAUAUGUGCUUCAGGAAUCACAUCUUGGACCAGCCCAAACCAGAGUGGCUCAUGUCUUGCGAAACAUUGCAUCUUCACUCCAAGAUCAGACAGAGGAGGCUCUCAGACCCUUCCUGGACAGGAUUGAUAUCAGCUCCGUAGAUGUUGCCAAGAGAAUUUUCAAUGGAGUCAUGGAAGAAAAAUUUGCUGACGGAAAUACUAACUGGGGACGAAUUACGACCAUAUUUACUUUUGGAGGUCUUCUCACCAAGAAGCUUCAAGAGCAUGGAGUUCAGCUUACUGGAGAGGAGAAGGAGCAGAUUUCUUAUUUCAUCACAGAGUACAUCAUAAAUAACAAAGCCGCAUGGAUAGAUGCAAACGGUGGCUGGGAAAACGGUUUCCUAACAAAGUUUGAAAGAAGAUCACCACUAUCUUUCUCUACAAUUACACACAUAUUUUCAGCUGUUUGUUCCUUGUUCAGAGAAUACUACUGAAAUAAAUGGACCUGCUUGCAGCCACGAGCUUCAUUGCUAAGUUUUCCUCCAAGCAGUAUCAACUAGAUACUUUCCUGCAUAAUUUGUUUUUAAUUUAUUUCUAUUUAUUUUGACUAAUGCAAUGUUUAACACACUCUCCUAAUUGUCAAACCUAAAGAAAAGAUGCUUGUAAAGAGGAAUCAACACAGCAAUGUGCAGCAAUGCAAGCCGACCUUUCCAGGCACAACUGCUUCAAGAGAGAGAUAGCCCUCUGCAUCUAGACAGUUCUUGGAAUCUCUGUUGCACCUCCAAUGAAAGGACGUUGUCUUACUGAAAUACAAUCCAAUGGGUUAGGAAACAAGUUUUAAUCUCAUUUGUUUUGUAAAUGAAAUACUACUGUAAUGCAUUUUUAUUGCAACAUUUGUAUAAGCAAAAGGGGGGGAGGGAUUUCUGUAGAGAAAAAGGAAAUGCAAAUUGCAGUGUAAAAGUGGGUACAAGUUGCUGACCCAGACAAAGCAAUCUUUAUGGGAAGAACAACUUGUGGAAGCUAGCAACUUAAAAAUGUGCAUUCACUUACUGUUAAUGCAAUGGUAUGUGUUUCUUUGCUCUAUUUUUAAUUGCUCAUAUCUACACUGACUGUUCUUUCAAAAUUUUGUAAUGUAGUCACCUGGCUGGACUUUUUAAAACUAGAUUUUUUAAAUAGGGAAGUACAAAAUUCUAAUUUUUUUUACAGUGUAGUUACACUAAUAUUUUUUUAAAAAACCCAUUAAAAUAUGUAUUUUCAAAUCUUAUGGUGGGCCUCAUCUCUUUCAGAAAAAAUUGUAGGAUGGGAGAAGGGGGAAGAUCUACCUGGUUAACAUAACUCAAAAAAGUUGUUAGAGAGCUACUGGAGAAUCUAAGAAAUACAUGGGUUAGAAGUGAAGUCCAAAGAUGCCAAUACUUCAUUUUCUGUAGUGCUCAAGUAUUAUAUGGUAGUUUAUAAAAGAAACAGACAACUUUUCGUAAAAUAAAUGAACUGGAUCAACUUUGAUGACA